GGUAAAAUAGGUGAUGGGGUUUAAGGAGUUCAUUUGUCAGGAUGAGCAUUGGGUGAUGUAUGGAACUCUGGAAUCACUAUAUUGUACACCUGAAAUGAACAUAACAGUGUAUGUUAACUCUACUGGAAUUAAAAUAAAAUAAAAAUGAAUAGCUAAAUAUUAAAAGAUGUAGUGCACUAUUAGAAAUUUGGUUAGAAAUUUGGUUACAAAUUUGCUCACAGGUAUAGAUGUGGUAUAUAGUCACUCAUGAGGGGACUUUUAACAUAGAUCUGUGAAUACAUUUUUCCUUUUCAAUAGGAUGUGCAAAAUGCUUCUGCUGUAAUGGGACUGAGUGGAUAUUGAAAAAUGCAAACAGGAAAAAAGUUCCAUUGGCUUCAUUUCUUGGGGCUAAUAAUACAAACAUUUAAAUCUUCAAUUCCUUUACUAUGCACAUUUUCUUUGUUUUGUUUUGCAACAGAUUUUGCUUAAAGAAAAUAAAAAAUCAGUAUGAGAAACCAUACAGUGAUUACAGAAUUUGUUCUCUUAGGCAUCUCAGAUGACCCAAAGCUUCAGAUUAUAAUUUUUAUCUUUCUGUUUCUGGCUUAUGUAUUAAGUGUCACUGGAAACCUAACCAUCAUCAUCCUCACCUUAACAGACUUUCAUCUCAAGACUCCUAUGUAUUACUUCCUGAGGAAUUUCUCCUUCUUAGAAAUUACAUUCACCAGUGUGUCUAUUCCCAGAUUUUUGGGGACAAUCAUUACUAAAGUCAAGACCAUUUCCUAUAACGAUUGUUUAGCUCAGCUAUUUUUCUUCAUCUUCAUGGGUGUGUCUGAGUUUUUUCUUCUCACUGCCAUGUCUUUUGAUCGCUACGUUGCCAUCUGCAGGCCUCUUCACUACACCACCAUCAUGAACAAGAAAAUCUGCACCCUGCUGGUCUUUGGGUCAUGGCUGGGGGGAUUCCUUACCAUUUUCCCACCACUCAUGCUCAUCCUCCAGCUAGAUUUCUGUGCUGCCAAUGUAAUCGAUCAUUUCUCCUGUGACUAUUUCCCCAUUUUACAACUCUCGUGCUCAGAUACAUGGCUUUUAGAGAUGAUUGGCUUUUACUUUGCUUUUGUUACUCUGCUCUUCACGUUGGCAUUCGUGAUUCUUUCCUACGUGUGCAUUCUUAGCACCAUUCUGAGAAUCCCGUCUGCUACUCAGAGGAAAAAGGCUUUCUCCACAUGUUCCUCUCACUUGAUUGUCAUUUCCAUCUCUUAUGGGAGCUGUAUAUUCAUGUAUGUCAAGCCUUCAGCAAAAGAAAGAGCAUCACUGACCAAAGGGGUAGCUAUUCUCAACACCUCAAUUGCCCCUAUGUUGAACCCUUUUAUUUAUACCCUGAGGAACCAGCAAGUAAAACAAGCUUUCCAAAACUUGCUUCAUAAAGUAGUGUUUUCUAGAAACAAAUGAAAGUAUGUAUUAACAAGAAAGGAUGUUAUUGGGAAGAUCCACUAAAGGAAAAACAAAAUUUUGACUUCUACAAUAUGCUCCCAUAUCCAUCUCACAGAUACUUGCAAGGCUGUGCUCAUUUGCUUAAGCUUUCUUGUACACUGAAAGUAACUAUGUUGUGUCUUUCUUUCAAAGUGUGUAUACGUUCCAUUUCCUCAUUGAUUUACAAUUCUGAAUAGAAAGGCAGUGGAUAUAAAACAUACCAUUUUGCUGAUUGCUCCAAAUAGUAAAAAUAUUGUAUACUAUAAUGGCUAAUGGAGUAAAAUGUUUUAAAAACAUACUCUUUAUAU